CUCAACUGCAUCUGUCAUUUGCUGUCUUCGAGUGAAUGUUCCAAAAUCACGGGCACUAGCUCAAUUACAUACGUACCCACCGUCUGUUGGGUUUCGCUCUUUCCCUUCUCCUUCCGUAGCCCCCGAUGCCGGUCAAAAGGUCGGAAGUUGAGGAAGUGCACGACCAAAUUCGAAAUCUCAUCAAAACCGUCCAAGAAGACGACACGUUGGGAGACGGGAAGCAGUUGAUUCUAGAUGAUCUCGACGCAGUCCUUCAUGAUUUAGAUAAUCAUACUUUCGUAGGAAGCAUAAGGGUCUUCUUUUAUGCUUGCGUUCGUAGGGUAAUGGCAAAGAUUCCAGAGGCAGUGCCCUCUAUUGCCGAAAUCCGAGAUAAUGUUGAUGCCAUAGAAACGGCCUACAGAGACAAAUCUCCGCUCAUCUUACCGGCUGAAGGAAACUCGCGGCCUCAGAAGUACCGGUUGCCGAACCGGGGUCAUCGGCAGUCUACUCUGUCGGUGUCUUCAGUCCGAAGGGAUCCUCUGAAACAAUACGAACUAUCAUCCAAGGAGCCAGAGCAGAGUGAUCUGGGGAGACCUUCUACGGACUCCUCGAUUGUGUUCAGACGCGCCGAAAGCAUGACGCCAACAAAUAUGCAUAUAAGCUACUGGCCACAUGGACCCCCGACGCAACGUCAAGCCGGCCUCGACCGGCUCCUCACAGCGACAUCCUCAUCAACGAAGUUUCAUGUUUCUCACCAUAAUUCAGCCACGCUCUGA